AUGGCUAUGCUGGUGAUAAGGGUGGUGGUGGCUGUGGUGGUGUUGGUUCUCUUACUGGCGUUAGGUUCGCGGGCAGUGGAUGUUCAUCAGCUAAGGCUGGUGGCGGCCAAGUAUAAUGUAACCUCCAUCAUAGUUUUUGGCGAUUCCAGUGUUGAUCCUGGCAACAACAACCUUCUCGAUACCAAUGCGAAAGGAAAUUUCCCACCUUACGGGGAAGACUUCUUUAAUCACCGCUCUACCGGAAGGUUGAGCAAUGGAAGACUUGCCACGGACUUCAUCGCCGAGGCAUUAGGCUAUACAACCAUCAUUCAAGGCUAUCUUGACCCUCACAAAAGGAAAGCAGAUCUUGUGCACGGUGUUAGUUUUGCAUCAGCAGGUUCUGGCUACGAUGACCUCACUGCUAAUCUCCGGAAUGUGUUGACUAUUUCCAAGCAAUUAGAGUAUUUCAAACAUUAUAAGACUCAAGUGAAGCAAAUGGCGGGAGAGCAAGAGGGUGAAGAAAUCCUCCAAAAUGCAAUAUAUCUUCUAAGCAUGGGAACAAAUGACUUUCUUCAAAACUAUUUCCUCGAACUCAACCGCUCCGAGACAUUCACAGUGGAACAGUACGAGGAUUACUUGAUCUCUUGCAUGGCUCGUGAUGUUAAGGCAAUGUAUACCCUUGGAGUUAGGAGAUUAGUGGUAGUGGGACUUGCCCCAUUUGGGUGCACCCCACUUAUCAAAACACUAAGGGACGACACCAAGUGCGAUGCUACAUUUAACAGUGUGGCCCUCUCAUUCAAUUCUAAGUUAAAGGCAAGGUUGGCAAUUCUUAAGAAAUCACUGGGGAUGAAAGCUGCCUAUAUAGAUGUAUACAACAUGGUUGACAAGACUAUUCAGAACCCACAAAAAUAUGGUUUCUCAGAGACUUCAAAGGGGUGUUGUGGGACAGGAACUAUUGAAUAUGCUGGUUCAUGCAAAGGGUUGAGUACAUGUGCUGAUAGAACAAAAUAUCUAUUCUGGGAUGCAGCUCAUUUCACUGAAAAAAUGUACAAGAUCAUUGCUGAUGAGGCUUUGACAUCAGUCAUUGAGAGUUUGUUGAACUAA